UCCAAUCCAAUCCAAAUGGCACAGACCAGAAUCUUGUAAGUAUUGUGUACGCCACUUGCCAACAUUGCUCACAACGCACAAGCCGCCCUUCUCUCUCUCUCUCUCUCUCUCUAUCUUCCCUCUCGUCCCCGUAACCUCACGUUUCCUCAGCUAGAGAGCUUCAAUGGCCACUGUGUCCACCACUUCUGCUUCCUUCGGAGUUUCCCUGAAGCCCUGCUUCAAGAAUAAUCAGGUCACUGGAGGGGCUUCAACUCUGAAGAUGGUUACAGCAGGCUGGACAAAGAAUGUCUUCCCUUCUCUAAGGACCUCCCGCUUCAUUGUUUGCUGCGCGGCAAAGCCGGAGACAGUGCAAAAGGUUUGUGAGAUAGUAAAGAAACAACUGGCAUUGUCUGAUGAGAUCGAGCUCACCCCAGAGUCCAAGUUUGCUGCCCUUGGUGCUGAUUCUCUUGAUACGGUGGAAAUAGUAAUGGGUUUGGAGGAAGAAUUUGGGAUCAGUGUUGAGGAGGAAAGCUCUCAGAAUAUAACAACAGUCCAAGAAGCAGCUGAUUUGAUAGAGAAGCUUGUCCACAAGAAAGCCUGAAGCUUAGAGAAAGAACUAGUUGGUUGGGAUGAAACAGUUUUGUUACUAUUGAGGCAAUAUCAUGUUAAGAAAUUUGGUCUUUUUUUGCUUUCCUCUGAAUGUUUCUGAUGUUUUUAUUUGAAUGGUGGUCUUCUCCUAGCAUUCUAAGAAUUAGAACUGGGUAUUUUUUUGAUUUUGACUACAUUAAUUCCGAUGAAUUUAGCUACUGUUUCAGAUGUAAACCCAUUUGGUAUUGAUUUAGCUACUUUCCAAUAUGAACCGGAUCUGUUUGGUUUUA